AUGCGCGAUCUGCCGCGCUCCCAAUUGGAUUCCAGCGCGUCCUGUGGAUCGGGGACCGCGACGCACGAGAUCUGCGCCCUGCCGUCUACAGUAUACACUCUCUUGGGCAAAUCAGAGGCAAAGGGGAUCAACGCCGCGUUGAAAUCUGGAACCAAGGCCGUCAUCGCAGACCGCAUCGUAGAUGAUCUCAAGUCCUUCAAACCUCUGGCCCCUGGGACACGAGUUCUCAGCAUCGAUUUGGGCAUCCGGAAUCUCGCUUAUAGUCUGCUAGAGGUUCCCGACCCCAAUCAUGGACCUCCUGUCAAAAUUACAAAGGCAUUAAGGAAGAAGGGCCCCGCGCCAUCAUCUGCUGUCCCUAUACCGCCGAGACUUCUCGCGUGGGAGCGAGUGGCACUGAUCCCGAGGGCAGACAAUGUGACAGCGCGAAAGAAAACCACCAAGAAACCCAAAAGGACUACCAAAGCAGACCAGGACGACGCGGACGAGCAAGAUGAAGAGCUCCCCAAGAAGGGCCGGAGAAAAGCCGCCAAAACAGUCGAGGUCGACCCAAGCCAGCAAGCAGAAGACCUCGCCGCCGAGGCCGACCCAACGACCACCCCGGUCCUCAUGGAGGACUUCUCGCCGGCGCGCCUCUCGGCCUUGGCGGUCGACCUGAUCCUAAACCGGCUGCUGCCGCUGAGGCCGGACAUCGUCACGCUCGAGCAGCAGCGGUUCCGGCAGAUGGGCGGCUCGGGCGUGUACGAGUGGACGCUGCGGGUCAAUAGCCUCGAGUCGAUGCUGUACGCGGUGCUGACGCUGCUGCGCGAGACGGGCCAGUGGCAGGGCCAGGGCCGCAUCGAGCCCGUGGUGGCGCGCAACGUGCUCGAGUUCAUGGUCGUGCGGGACCGCGCCGCUGGGCUGGACGUCGAGGACAUCUGGGGCCGUGGCGCGGACAACAAGAAGGUCAAGAAGGGCAUUAUCGGCAGGGCGCUGGCUUCGGCUGAGAGUGUGGAGGUUGAGAAGGAGGUCGAGGCCGUGGCUGCCGAGUACCUGGACGAGUGGCAGGGCAAGAAGAGCUUCCAGCGCAAGGCUGACAGGAUGAAGAAGCUGGAUGAUCUGGCCGACUGCCUCUUGCAAGGUCUGGCCUUUAUACAGUGGCAGGAAAACAAGAGAAUGCUCCUGGAGAGCGGCGUCGAGGCCCUCAAGGAUCAGAUGCUAGAGUAA